AUGUCGUAUGAGGUCGGUACCCGCUGCUGGUACCCAGACAAAGAUCAGGGGUGGAUCGGUGGAGAGAUUUGCAAGAAUAAACAAGUUGAUGAUAAGUUUCAUUUAGAUUUAACGUUAGAAAAUGGUAAUGUCAUCAAGAUUAUAACUUCUAGUCUCGAAGAAGGAUCAAGUGAUGAAUUACCAUUAUUAAGAAAUCCUCCAGUGUUAGAAGCUACUGAAGAUUUAACGUCGCUUUCUUAUUUGAAUGAGCCUGCUGUUUUGCAUGCAAUCAAGGUGCGGUAUGCGCAGUUGAAUAUUUAUACUUAUUCAGGGAUUGUGCUAAUUGCCACUAAUCCAUUUGAUAGAGUGGAGCAGUUAUAUUCUCAGGAUAUGAUUCAAGCAUAUGCGGGUAGAAGACGUGGAGAAUUAGAGCCGCAUUUGUUUGCUAUUGCUGAAGAAGCGUAUAGUUUGAUGAAAAGAGAUGGCGAAAACCAGACAAUUGUAGUUUCUGGAGAGUCUGGAGCAGGGAAAACCGUUUCUGCGAAGUAUAUAAUGCGGUAUUUUGCCACAGUCGAGCAGUGUAAAGAAACUGGUGCUGGAGGGUCGCUGUCUGUGAUCGAGAUGUCCGAUACGGAGAAGAGAAUUUUAGCUACCAAUCCUAUAAUGGAAGCGUUUGGUAAUGCCAAGACUACAAGGAAUGAUAACUCUUCGCGAUUUGGUAAGUACCUUGAAAUUCUGUUUGAUGCACAAACCUCUAUUGUUGGUGCACGAAUUAGGACAUAUUUGUUGGAAAGAUCAAGGCUUGUCUUUCAACCGCAAACGGAGAGGAACUACCACAUAUUUUACCAGCUUUUGGCAGGGUUGCCGAAGACCAGUAAAGAAAAACUAAGAUUGAGUGAAGUGGAAGACUAUCAUUACUUAAACCAAGGUGGGGAGUACACAAUUAAGGGUGUUGAUGACAAAGCUGAGUACAAAACUACUACGGAAGCUCUAAAAUUAGUGGGUAUUUCUGAGCAGUCUCAAUUUGAAUUGUUCAAAAUAUUGGCAGCUCUAUUGCAUAUCGGGAACAUCGACAUCAAGAAAACAAGGACUGACGCUUCUGUAAGCACUGAUGACCAGCAUCUAAGCACAGCAUGCGAAUUACUAGGCAUUGAUCCCGUAAACUUUGCUAAGUGGAUCACUAAGAAGCAGAUUAAUACGCGAUCGGAAAAGAUCAUUUCGAAUCUCAGUUAUAAACAGGGGGUCGUUGCCCGUGAUUCUGUGGCCAAAUUCAUGUAUUCUGCUCUUUUUGACUGGUUAGUGCAGAAUAUUAAUAAGGUUUUGUGCAAUCCCGAGAUAGCCAAUGAAAUGUCGUCCUUCAUUGGUGUCCUUGAUAUUUAUGGGUUUGAGCAUUUUGAAAAGAACUCCUUCGAACAGUUUUGUAUUAACUAUGCUAACGAGAAGUUGCAGCAAGAGUUUAACCAGCAUGUUUUCAAAUUAGAACAGGAAGAAUACGUUAAUGAGCAGAUACAAUGGUCAUUCAUUGAGUUCAAUGACAAUCAACCAUGUAUUGAUUUGAUUGAAAGUAAAUAUGGUAUUCUAUCGUUAUUGGAUGAAGAAUCUAGAUUACCAGCUGGAUCGGAUGAAAGUUGGACUCAAAAAUUAUAUCAGACUCUUGAUAAACCACCGACUAAUAAAGUUUUCUCAAAGCCAAGAUUUGGUCAAGCAAAAUUCAUUGUAUCUCACUAUGCUUUAGAUGUGUCUUACGACGUUGAGAGCUUUAUCGAAAAGAAUAGAGACACAGUAUCAGAUGGUCAUAUGGAGGUGUUAAGGAACUCUUCAAAUGAAACAUUGCUCGAGAUUCUGGAUGCUUUGGAUAGAACUGCAGUUGAAUUAUCUGAGAAACAGGAUGCACAAAAGAAACCAGGCCCAGCAGCCAGAACGGUUAAUAGAAAACCCACACUGGGUUACCUUUUUAAACAAUCCUUGAUCGAGCUCAUGAAAACUAUCAAUGCUACUAAUGUGCAUUACAUUCGUUGUAUUAAACCAAACGAAAAUAAGGAAGCGUGGCAAUUCGAUAACUUGAUGGUGUUAUCUCAACUAAGGGCAUGUGGUGUAUUGGAAACUAUCAGAAUAUCGUGCGCAGGGUUCCCAACCAGGUGGACAUACAACGAAUUUGCCUUAAGAUACCAUAUUUUAGUACCAUCGCCGCAUUGGACAAAAAUAUUUGCAACCGAAACCACACAAGAAGAGAUAAGUGAAUUAUGUAAGAAGAUAUUGGAUGCCACCGUCACAGAUAAAGAGAAGUUUCAAUUAGGUAACACUAAGAUCUUUUUCAAGGCUGGAAUGUUGGCAUAUUUGGAGAAAAAACGAACUGAUAAGUUAAACAACUCUUCUACAAUGAUCCAAAAGAAGAUUAAGGCUAUCUAUUAUCGUAGGAAAUAUUUGGCAACUGUGAGUGCGAUUGUAAAAACGCAGUCUUGGUCUAGGGGUAAAUUUGUUCGUGCUCAUGUAGAUCAUGAAUUCAAGACUUUAGCUGCUUUGCUGAUACAGCCAUUGUUAUUGGGUUGUAAAGUGCGUGAAAAGGUCAAGCAUCAAUUGUCCAGCAUUGUUCGGACUCAAUCCUUAAUGAGAACACAAUUGGUGCGUGCGAUGUUAGUGAGAAGAAGGGAAAAUGAUGCUGCAGUGAAAAUUCAGAAGCAGGUUAGAGCCUCUAAACCUAGGAGUUACUAUGUUAGAUUUAGAAAAAGCACAAUUGUAGUGCAAUCUUUGGUCAGAAGGAAAUUUGCUCAAAGAAAGUUAGAAUCUUUGAAACAGGAAGCAAAAUCUGUUAGCCAUUUGAAAGCUGUUUCUUAUAAGUUGGAAAACAAGGUUAUUGAAUUAACGGAGUCGUUAGCUGCGAAGGUGAAAGAGAACAAGGAAUUCAAUGCUCGCAUUAAUGAGUUACAAACUUCGUUAGAGGAAUCAGCUAAUAUGAGAGCACUAUUGAAAAUUCAAAAUCAAGAGUAUGUUAACUCUAUGAAUGAAAAGCGUAGUGUUCAGGAAGCUGCUUAUGAAGAAGUACACUCAAAGUUAUUGGCUGCGAAGAAAGAAUGUGAAGAUGCCAGACUUGAAAUUGAAGAACUGAAAUCCACACAAAAGCAAUUAAGAAAUGAAAUUAAGGAGAAAGUGGAUGAAUUGUCGAGGGUUAGACAAAUUUUGGCUGAUUCUAAGACUCAAAACUCUGAUUUAUCUAAUGAAGUUUCUUCUUUGAAAGAGGAAAUCGCACGGUUGCAUAACGCAAUUCGUAAUGCCCCGCCUCCUGCAAAUGCUGUGUCGCCAAUUAAUGGCAAGCGUGCUAAUUCUUAUACUACUAUGGAUAGCGCUGCUUCUCCUAAGCAAUGGAAUAUGGUUUCUCUCAACAAUAGUGUAAUAGAGGAGGAUAGCAGAUCCGUUCUUUCCCAGAUUUCUCAUAUUAACGAUGAGUUGUAUAAGCUACUAAGUGAUGAUAGACCACUAACUAAUGAGAUUGUGGAGUCCCUAUUGAAGAACCCAAGGUUACCUCAGACAGGGUUUGUUGCCAACUUAUCAAAGAAGGAGGUUUUAUAUCCUGCUAGAGUUAUAAUCAUCAUUUUAAGUGAUAUGUGGAGAAUGGGAUUAACGGAACAAAGUGAACGUUUCCUCGCAGCUACAUUAGCAGUUAUUCAAUCUAACGUUACUAAUUACAAGGGAGAUAACAUCGUUGGUGUAGGAGCCUUCUGGUUAACCAAUGUACGCGAGUUAUAUUGUUUUGCAAUUUUUGCGCACAAGUCUAUUUUGACAGAUAAUUCCUACAUGAAGGACUUAAAUGAGGAAGAAUAUAAGCAGUAUGUUACACUGGUCAGUGUCCUAAAGGAUGACUUUGAAACUCUAAGUUACAAUAUAUACAACUUAUGGUUGAAAAAGUUACAAAAAGAAUUAGAAAAGAAGGCUGUUUCUGCGGUUGUCGUUUCUCAGGCUCUACCAGGAUUUGUUGUUCCAGAUUCAUCUGCAUUUCUACCGAAGUUAUUCUCAGCUGGAGGCAGCAAUUAUAAAAUGGAUGAUAUUUUGACAUUUUUCAACACUAUUUACUGGACUAUGAAGGCUUAUCACGCAGAGCCUGAAGUAUACCGGGAAGUCGUUAUGUCACUAUUGAAGUUUGUAGAUGCCAUUUGUUUCAAUGAUUUGAUCAUGAGACGUAACUUCCUGUCAUGGAAACGUGGUUUACAGUUAAAUUACAACGUCACAAGGUUAGAGGAAUGGUGUAAAGUGCAUCAUAUUCCCGAAGGCAGUGCAUGUUUACAACAUAUGCUACAAGCAUCGAAGCUUUUGCAAUUGAAGAAGGCUACAGUUGAAGAUAUCGACAUUUUAUGGGAGAUAUGUUCAUCAUUGAAGCCUGUUCAGAUACAAAAGUUAAUCGCUCAAUACUCUGCUGCAGAUUAUGAGGUCCCAAUUGCGGAAGACAUUUUAAGAUUUGUUGCAGACAGGGUUAAGAGGGAAUCUGCAUUAUCGAAUGACGACAACGCUGCCCAUAACAACGAUAUUUUCCUCCCUAUUGCGUCAGGUUCAUUUAGCGAUCCAUUCAGUAACAUAGAGCCCAGAGAAAUCGGCAAAAUCGAGGCUCAUAUUCCAGCUUGGUUGAAUUUACCACUUGCUAGAAGAGUGGUUGAAUUGAUUUCCGAAAACGUAUCCGCCGUGGAAUCUCAAGGUCAGGAGUCUGAGUGA